CCAUAUCACACGUUCUACAUUACGUACUUAGCAGUGGAUAGCGUAACAGAAAGGAAUAGAAAAAGGUUAGUGGAUCAUACCGCCACUGUCGCACGACGCACCAGAAUCCCCGGCACGAUAAUUGCGCUUCUUACGGCCGGCGCGGAAUGGGAAGAGCUCGUAGUCGUCAUCUCCUCUCUUGCCCAGGGGCGCUCCUCAUUGGCAGUGGGCAAUAUUGUCGGGUCCGCCAUCUCGAACAUACUAGGUGCCUUUUCGCUUGGCCUCCUAUUCGGUGAGAGAGGGAGGCCAGCUCAGUUCGAUAGGAGCUCUCGAAUAUACUCUCUCCUCUUACUAGUCAUAACCAGCUUUGUUACGCCCGUCACAUAUUUUCACUACAUGACGAUCUGGCUGGCCUGUGGUGCCAUUCUAAUCGCCGUUUUCGCUGCCUAUUUUGUUUCGAUAAGCUGGGCCAUCAGUAAGGGUAGCCUUGUUGCUCCAGAAGACUCGGAUGACGACAGCAGUGAUGACGACAGCAACACAGAUUCAGCGAGGACAUCCAUCGAUCAAGAAGAAUCACGGAACCGGGAGACUGAUGCGUUGUUACACCAAGGGGGUAACUCAGCGCCAGCACCUCGGUCGCAGGGGCGCACACAUCGCCGGCGCAGUUUAGGAUACCAUGUUUUCUACUUAGUCCUUGGCUUCCUAUCCAUCUGCCUAGCUGGCUAUGUCUUGGCCCACGCCGCGACGAACAUUGCGGACGGUAUCGGCAUUUCUGACGUUCUUUUUGGCGUCAUCAUCCUCUCCAUUGCCACCACACUUCCUGAGAAAUUCGUAGCCGUUAUAAGCGGCCACCGAGGACAUAUUGGUAUCCUUGUGGCUAAUACUGUUGGAAGCAACAUCUUUCUUCUCUCCCUCUGUAUGGGAAUUAUCAUGCUGAACACCUCCGGGGAAUUCGACGGCAGCAAUGUCAACAUCACAGAACUAGCAGUGUUGUGGGGCUCAACUCUUGCUUUCACGUUAACGGUUUGGUUUGGCGGCAGGCUCGACCGCUGGAUUGGAGGCGCGAUGCUGGCUGGUUAUGUUGCGUUCAUCGUGUUAGAGUUUACAGUCGUUCACAAGAUCACUGAUACGCCG